UAUGACUAUGAGGUUCCACUGUCCUGUCCCUUUGUAGCAGUAUUUGAGAAUGCUAAGCAACCUCCGUUGAUGGGUAUGAGUAUGAUGCUACCAUAGUAUUAUUCAUGGCGUCGAGCGCAAUAACCGCACCAUUCCCAUUCAACGAUUCCAAUUCAAUCGUCUCUCAAAAGACGAGAAUGUCCCCAUCUGUGAAUCCUGACUUUCCAUAAUGCCAAAUAGCGUUGGCAAAGUUAAUAGAUGUCUUUGACAUAGAGGCAUAUUGGGUUUUAAGCAAGCCAUUCAGCAAAGCAGACAAACCCCUUUUUUUGAAGUAAAGCCCAUUCACUGUCCCCUGGUUGUGAACACCAGAGCCGCUGCCGUUGCUUCGGCUUUGGAGGGCACAAUUCUAGGAGUGCUGGUCACACUCAGAGAUGAUUAUACAGGAUUCACCGUCCUGUAUCCGCAUCAUUCCCACACUGGCCCAGGUUGCUCUGUGAACAAACUGUUAGUCCCGCUCAUGUCAGCGAAAUUGCGACCCGGCUGGUUGCUUUACAAUGAGUAGCUCAAAAGCUUCUGCCAAACAUUUCAUAGUACCCCAAGAUUUAUUCUACUGCAUCGACUUCUUCGCCAAGCCCAAGCCCCGGCUACCCACCUCCUCGACAAACUAUGCCGCUCCAAACCUGAAACUGACAAUGGACGCGGUCUCUGCUGUAGAAACAGAGCGCAGGACAGAAGAUACGGUGUUGAGAUGGCUUGAUGCACUGCCUGAUAGGUUUUCACGCAUCCCUGGAGAUUCAAGAUCGAAAGUGCGUGCAUUGCAACUGGAAAAACUGGAAAAAGAGAGAGAUCUGGCAUACCGUAUGCUUUUGGCACAACAGUCGCAGCCGCAGUUCAAUAACACGGAGCGCACGCCGGUAUUGAAUUUUGGAGUGGAGGAGUACCUGAGUCUUAUCGAGCCAGAUCGGCAGCGAUUCCUCGAGGAGUUGGCUUCUGAGACCAAGGAAGUGAAAGGAGAAAGGCACAAAAGGGAUACCAAAGAGCACCCAAACGUACUUCCGGCAGAAAUUUUCCAGAAGACCCAGAAUGAUCCACAAAGCAGAGAGCAUGUGGAGACAAAAGAACCAUUUCCAGCGACGGCGGAUCUUUCACCUGCCUAUGGCCCUCCUCCCAUCAUUCCCCAACGCUCGAUGUUGCGGCCGAGUGUAGCAACGUUCUCCGAAACAGCCCCAGGAACCAUUCAAACCAUUCAACAUGCUGAGGCUAUCAAUGCCAGUUCGUCCCAAUACUCAUCAGUGGUGGAUAUAUUACCGAAGGAAGCAACGGCCAAUGGCACGAGUGGUGUUGUUAAGGACUUGGAGUCGGGGAUUCGGAGAGACAAUCCUGGGCUCGUGGCUGAGUUGAGACUCGGAAUGGAAAGACGCAGGCAGAGGGAGAGAGCGAGAGACGACGACGACUUGGAGAAGGAAUGUGCGCAGGGGAUCGGUAAAGGCAAGGUGUGGGCAUUGAAGUUGUGGAAGUAGGAGAGGAGGGGGUGAAAGACGGUAUGGAAAUUGUAUGGGGAUGCGCGAUGACAUGCAACUCAACUUGGGAUACGAUGGUUGUUUCUGCCAAAUCCAAACUUCAAUGUCGAUAUUAGAAGUUCCAUUCUCCAGCUCUAGCAAAUGCGAAUAUUGUCCAUGCGUGCUCGUGGGUAUAUUGAAGUUGUUCUUUCAUAACUGGUGUUGGUAGUUGGACGGAACCGCUCCCAGUCGUUUGACAGGAGGGGAGCCAGCCAUGCGGGUUCAGCCGAUACGCGUUAAUGACCAAAACGCGUCUCCCAAGGCGAACCUCGAAUUUACGCGAC